AUGGAUACACAACAAUCUCAGCCUGACAGUUUGACCAUCCAAACUACCACGAAAGCCCAAUUUGAACUCACUCCACAGGAAACAGCUGAGUCUGCGCAGGGGCUUACCCAGGGCGAGAGCUUCACAGUUUCAUCCAGUGAUGAUGAAAGGAAACAAGAAACGCAGCGGCAAGCCUGGUUUGAGAAUGCAAUCAAAAAAGAAUUGAAAAUCCCCAACAGCUAUGUUCAAGUGGCUCCGCUCAUCAUCAGAUGGGAUCCUGAGAUCGAUGAUUAUCGUGACGGCCACAACAAGGAGAUCGAAGACUUAAAUCGCGUGUUUGCUCGAUUCGGAUUCUCGAGCAGUACUGAACUACGCUUGAAUCCCAAGGUUCGGAAGCCUCAAUUUGCUCUCAACAGUGCUAUCUCCGAGCACAUCAGCGCCCACGACGGGCAGAACAAGCUCAUGAUCAUAUACUAUACCGGGCAUGGUAUACUAGACAGUUCUGAUGGAGAAAAGAGACUCCUGUUAGCAGCGAGACGAAACGAAGAUGAACAGCAAGAAGGAAAUAGUCUCGCUGUGGCCUAUUGGCAUAAAGCGGAAAGUCCACUACUCGACGAAGACAUUGAGGGAGAUGUCUUGACAAUACUCGAUUGUUGUUUCGCCAGCGACGCGCAAAAGGGUCGCCAUCACAGCCGUAGGAUCUACGAUUUACUUGCUGCAUGCCCCAAGGGCGGCAAUACACCAGCACCAGGGGAGUUUUCUUUCACAAGAAGUCUGAUAAAUACCUUGGACAGAUUGUGGGCUGCGGAUCCUGACCAACGCAUUCUGACUACUAGGCUUUUGGAGGAAAUCACCAGAAACAGUGGAGGUCAGGCCAAGCUGCACGAUCGUUUAUACAAAGAUGAUGGACGUCAUGUGCAGUUGAGGCCUAUUGAUGGCCAAUCCAAAGAGCAAACCCAACAUGAUGCUGAACAAUUCGAUUCAAGCCCACUGGAGGAAGCUGGCGUAAAACUGCGUUUCUCACUGCAAGCCAAAGAUAUUACCCAGGUGAAAAUUGAAGCAUGGGCCCAACGCCUAGUCAAGGCUUCCCAGGACGCAAACAUUCCAUUACGUCGAAUCGACUGGCUGAGAAUGGACAACAACGAACCGGGCCAGCGCCUUCGUAACGUCGUCGAAAUCUUCAGGGAACGCCACAGUUCUUCGAGUAACACGCACAGGAGUACUACCGAACCAACGCCAACAAACUAUCCUCGUUCGAUCUCACCCGACGAGGUGUCAGAGUAUCAGGGCCCGCGUAGUAGGAUGGUGUUGGACGACACAUCGAAGACUACACUCUCGAUCUCUCAGGGCAACAUGAAUGUCCAGUACGGCAACGCUGCAUCAACUCUACAGCAGAGCAAUCUGCAGAAUGAGUCUCCAGCGCUAAACCGCCUUUACGGAUGUGUGAUGGUGCCCCUUCCAUGGCUUUUGUGCUUGCUGAUGUUUGCAGCCUCAUUCCUUCUCUCUCAUAUUGGUCAUUUUGCGCAGAGAUACCUAGUCAUUGCUCAUCGAGAGCUGUAG